AUGGGUUCAGAAAGUUUAAGCCAUAGAUUUUUAGCUGAAGAUCCAACAUACAAAGGCAAAUCACCAUAUGCAUCAAAAAGUGACGAUAAGAAAUCAACAUCUCAUCAUUCGGUGUCUCAUACAUCUGGAACACAUCCUGUAGCAUUAAGUAACGGUCCAAAUUCUUCAUCUCCACCAACAGCAUCAAAAAUCAAAUAUAAAUAUAAAUCACACCCCAAAUAUAAAAAACUGUACAAAGUUUAUAAAAAACAAUUAGCUCAUAUGGAAACGACCGUCAAUGCAAUUGAUUCAUUAUCAAAAUCACCAUCUACUAAUCAAGAUCAAUUACUUACGUCAAUAAAAAAACGUAUCGAUGAACUUAAUGAAAAUCUCGACAAUUUAAAUGAUACACCAUCAUUACAAGAUCAUAUACAUUUUGAUCCAAUAAAAGUUGAAAUUAAACAAUUACUUGAAGAUUUAAAAUCAUACAAAUUGGAUAAUAAAAAUUCAAAUUCAAUAAAUGCUAUUGAUCAUUUAGUUGGCCUUUCAUUGAAUGUGUCUGAUAGUGACGAUAACGAGGAAAACACUACACUAUAG